GACGCUCAGUUUCCUGAGCACGUCACUGCUCUUUAAUUUGAUUACAGCACCAUAGUCACGUCUGUGUUGACAGCCGCGAGUGGUGGGCAGUCGCUUUAACCUGAUAGAUGACUUGUAGCAAACAGAAAGCAGCGACAGGAAGCAAGUUUAACUUUUAGACUUUGUGAACACGGAUAAACAAUGGCUACAAUAACGUGUCGUGUGCAGUACCUGGAGGACUCAGACCCGUUUGUGGGCUCAAAUUUCCCCGAGCCCCGCAGACCUCCUCAGUAUGACUUAAACGAGCAUCUGCCGCUGAACGAACAGAUCACUGGUGUUCACAAACUACUCGAAGCGCCUUUGAAGUUAGAGGAGUGUGCAUUGCAGCUGGCUUCUAAUGGAAACUACCUGGAUCUGGAAUCAUCACUGGCUGAACAGAGAGAUGAUCUGGAGCAACUCUAUGACGACGUGGCCAAAGGCAAAAAGCCCAUCCUGAUUCUUCGUACCCAACUCUCAGUGAGGGUCCAUUCCAUCCUGGAGAAGUUGUAUAACUCGCAUGGCCCUGAGCUGCGGCGGUCCUUGUUUUCUUUAAAGCAGCUCUUUCAGGAUGAUAAGGACCUGGUUCCAGAAUUUGUAAACUCAGAAGGUCUGACCUGUUUUAUUAAAGUGGGUGCAGAGGCAGAUCAUAACUACCAGAACUACAUCCUCAGAGCUCUCAGUCAGAUCAUGCUGUUUGUGGAUGGAAUGAACGGUGUUAUAAACCACAACGAGACUGUACAGUGGCUGUACACACUGAGUGGCAGCCUGUCUCGACUGGUUGUGAAGACUGCUUUAAAGUUGCUGAUAGUGUUUGUGGAAUACACUGAAUCCAACAGUCCACUGCUCAUUCAAGCUGUCAACAUUGUGGAUGGAAUGAGAGGUGUGAAGCCCUGGACAUACCUGAUAGAUAUUCUGUCAGGGAAGAAUGGAUCAGACACAGAGCUGCUUAUCUACACCAUGACCCUCAUUAACAAAACUCUGGCUGCGCUUCCUGAUCAGGACUCAUUCUAUGAUGUGACCGACUGUUUGGAGAAGCUAGGACUGGAAGGCAUCGUCCAGAAACACGUGACUAGCAGUGGAAUUGAGGGUGACCUUAAACAGCAGUUUACCAUUUAUGAGAAUGCCCUCAGGUUUGAGGACGGAGAGAUGGAUGACUCGACACAAAAAGUCCGUAAAGACAGAAGGAAAAUGACUCCCAGUGAGCAGGAGGGCAGAAGGAGGAGUUCUUUUCAGCCCAGCUCUCCAACCUUAUCCAUCUCUUCUCAGAGUCCUACCACAGAGGUGACCCGCACUGCCUCUCCUCAGCUCUCAGAUUCCUCUUAUUCUCCUGGUCCUGGCAGCCCAGAUCUGACCAGCCCUUCAUCUGGCUCCUCCACUCCACCACUGCCUCUUGUGCCUAAUGAAACUACAGCCUCUGAGCAGAACCAGAACCUGGGGCGCUCUUUUAUGAGUCAUUACAUUUCUCACAUGGGGAUUUCUAGACGGAGGUUAAAAAAGGCGAGGUCUAUAACAGAGGAUACCUCAGGCAUCACCAACAGAGGGUCACUCACAGAAACGGACUCUCCACAGGAGAAUUCUUUCCAGACAGCAGCAGAGCAGCCCGGUCGGCCAGAGGAAAAGAGAGUCUUUAAACAGCACCAGGCAGACAGUGUUUGUCCAGAGAGUGUGAAUAGGGACUUGCCAGUUCUGAGGAAUUAUGCAGACACGUUCUUGCGCAGUCUCGCUGCGUCCCAGUUUGAGAAGAAAAGGAAUUCAAAUGGUUCACAUGAGAGAAGUGCUCUAAGUGAUAGUGUGGCACCUACAGACCAAGAGACCACUCCAUCUACUGAAGCUGUACAGCCAGCCUCCAGCUCAACCACUGCAGAAUCUAUUAGUGAUCAGGACGCCCAGUCUCAAGGGGUAAACUUGACCAGGCACACCCUGGAGCAGCCAGGGGACGCAACAACAGCCCACAAUGAAGCAGAGGGCGAUGUGCAGCAUCAGGCAGGUGGGACAAAACAGCACAGCACCCUCUCUAAUGACAGGAAAUUCAUGUUGGACAUGCUCUAUUCCAAAAACAACAACACAUCUAGAGAUCUAGAGAGUCAAAAUCUGGAAAGUGUUCUAGAGGACCAUGGCAUCACCAAGAUGGCUGGACGGCUCUCCAGAUUGCAGUCCAGCUCUUCUCAGUCCACAGAGGACACGUCCAGACGGGCUGAGUUGGAGAGCCUUGGAGGUAGUGCUCAGGCAGCUCGUGCCAGGCUCGCGGAGGAACAGAAGCUCAAGAAGUUGCGUCCACAGUACAGUAUUGAAGCAGACAUGCACUCACAAAGUUUAGAGAAGACAUUGAUGACACCGUUAUCCAGAGCUAGUCAGGAUUCCUGGGGGCAUCUGCAGUCCAGCUCAAGGCCUCUGCGUAUCAAAGAUCUUGAUUUCACUGACUUGAUUGAUGAGGAAGAUAUUGAUGUGCUGGAUAUAGACACUUUUGACACUCCAUUGCCUAAUGGAAUGCCACCACCCCCUCCCCCAGUGCCAGGGCUGUGCUCUGGCCCUCCACCACCACCACCUCCCCCUCCUCCUCCUGGGCAAGCUGGACUGGUUUCACCCCCUCCCCCUCCUCCUCCUCCCCCUCCUGGAGGAUUGUAUAUGCCCCUUCCUCCUACGCCCCCGUCUCAGGGUUUUAUUAAUCCAGAGUUUGUUCAGAAACGGAAAACUGUCAAGCUGUUCUGGAAGGAGCUCAAGCAGCCUGACAGCCCCAGGAAGUGCAAGUUUGGGCGGGGCACAGUGUGGGCAUCGCUUGAUAAGGUUAUAGUCGAUACGGCUAAACUGGAGCACCUGUUUGAGUCCAAAGGAAAGGAACUUCCAUUAUCAAAGAAGGGGACUGAGGCAAAGAAAGCAGUGCUUGUAGUCCUUGAUCCUAAGAGAAGUAAUGCAAUCAACAUCGGCAUGACUGUUUUACCUGCUUUACAUGUCAUCAAGACUGCCAUCCUUAACUUUGAUGAGUUUGCCAUCAGUAAAGAGGGCAUUGAGAAAAUCCUGACUAUGAUUCCGACAGAUGAGGAGAAACAGAAGAUUCAGGAGGCACAGCUGGCAAAUCCCGACACACCGCUGGGAACAGCAGAGCAGUUCCUGCUUACUCUCUCCUCUAUCAGUGGCCUUAGUGCCAGAUUACAGCUCUGGGCCUUUAAACUGAACUAUGAGACCCUGGAGAAGGAGAUUGCAGAGCCUCUUUUUGACCUGAAACUGGGCAUGGAACAACUCUCCAAGAACAAAACCUUCAGGCGUAUACUAGCAACACUACUAGCCAUUGGCAACUUUCUCAAUAGCACCAGUGCUAAGGGCUUUGAGCUCAGUUAUCUGGAGAAGGUAACCGAGGUGAAGGACACGGUACACAGACAGUCUCUGCUUCAUCAUACCUGCAACUUUGUGGCAGAGAAGUACCCAGACACGACAGACCUCUACUCUGAGAUCCCUGCCCUCACACGGUCUGCUAAAGUGGAGUUUGAGCAGUUGUCUGAAAACCUGGUUCAGUUGGAGAGAAAAUGCAAAACAUCCUGGGACAACCUUAAAAUAGUGGCCAAACACGAGACUAAAGCUCUGCUGAAGAACAAGAUGACAGAAUUCCUGAAAGACUGUACUGAAAGGAUCAUCAUACUGAAAGUAGUUCACAGACGCAUUAUUAACAGGUUUCAUUCCUUCCUGCUGUACCUGGGUCAACCCUCAUACUCUGCGCGAGACACGAAAGUAACCCAGUUCUGUAAGAUCAUAAGUGAAUUUUCUCUGGAGUACCGCACUACCCGAGAGAGAGUGCUCACACAGAAACGCAAACGGGCCGCCCACCGGGAGCGCACAAAGACCCGGGGCAAGCUGAUCACAGAGACAGAAAAGUUUUCUGGAGCAGUGCCACUAGACAGCCCAAUCCCGGUUUCCCCAACAGUAGAACCAGAGUCAGCCCAAGAGGAGCAUGAAAAUAUGAAAAACUUGCUCAUCGCCACUGAGGACCCUUGCAAGCUGCGCAGAAGCCGUGCUGUUCGAAAGAUUUUUACCUCUGGUGCUGACACUGCUCCAACAUCACCUACCCUUCAGGGGAAUGAUGAAGAAGGGCCUUAUGACUCUGACAGUGCUCCUACUUCCCCAGAAGAGAGCCAAUCAACACAGGAAGCCAAUGAUGAAGCAGGUUUCGGCAGGGCUAGUACGCUGAUUUCUACAGCCAAAGAAGACAGUGCCAGCUCACAGGAUGAUGCUACAGAUGAGAUCAUGGAUCGUCUGGUUAAGUCUGUCACCCAGAAUCCUACAGAGAGGGCAUCAAGCCCAAAAACACGGAAACGCUCACGGCUUAACAGAAAGUCAUUGCGGAGGACUUUGAAGAGUGGACUGAGUGUGGAUGUGGUGCAAGCCCUUGGCCUUGGCAGUUCUAACGGGAAAGUCUGAAAACACUUGCCAGACGGGAUUGAGGCCUUAAAAGAAUGUUCCAUGUUCAAUACAAGUUAAGCUCAAUCGACAGCAUUUGUGGCAUAAUAAUUUUGACUCGUCCCUCAUUUUCUUUAAAAAAAAAAAGAAGCAGCAAAAAUCGAGGUUACAUUAAGGCACUUACAAUGAAAGUGAAUGGGGCCAAUCCAUAAACAUUAAAAUAUUCACUGUUUCAAAAGUAUGGCCUCAAGACAUAAAUAUUUGUAAGCAUGAUAUUAGUGUGAUAAAUUCGCUUACUAACCUUUUCUGAGUAAAGUUAUAGCCAAUUCUACAACUUCGUUACCAUGACGAUGUAAUGUCAACAAACCCUAAAACGACUGUAAAAAUGUCAAUUUAAACAACUUACAGCUCAAAUAAUACAUGGGUUUUAGAAGAGGAAUUCAUGUUUCAUCAAGUUUAAAUUUUCUGCCUUUAAACCCUCCAAAAUUUGCCCCAUUCACUUCCAUUGUAAGUGCCUCACUGUAACUUUCAUAUUUGCUUUUUUAAAGAAAAGGAUGGAUGAGUUGAAAUAAUUUUUGUGGUAAUCAACAUGAUGCCACAAAUGCUGUCAAUUAUGAUUAACUUGUUUUAAACCCGGAACAUUUCUUUAAAGAGGCCUGCGGUAAUGACAGGAAGAACUGUGAUGACAAAGGGAUCUUCGCUGAAGACAGUUUCUGAAAUGUCUGCAACUAAACUUUUUCUCUACCAAUCUGAACAAUCCAAUGGAUGAAUUGUCCAGUUGUUUGUCUUUUGGUUUUAUCAGAAAUACAAAUAGCUGCAUUACUAUAUAGAAACAUGAACUGUGUGCAUGGUAUCCAUUAAACAUAUCAUGUUUUGAUUGGUGCCAACUUUAAAUUGCAUAGUAUUAAAUAAAAGUUUACUGAUGUAGCAGAAAUGCGUAUAUGAUACAGUGAUGUAAGAUGUUAAUUAUUUUGACCAGAUGCAAGUAUAUUAUUUUGUAUUGAGAUUGAUUGGUGCAUAAUAUAUCAGCCAAAUAUGUUUUAGGGUUUUGAAGGGAGUGAGCCAAUAGAGGGCACUUUUUAAGUAAAAACAAGCAUUUUUAGAGAUGGAACUUUUUAUACAUUUGGAGACCACUUUGCCAUUUCUGCUGCAAUGGCUCAACUCAAGGUUAGGAUCUUGGAAGCCGGAAACUGGUCCUAGAUCAGUGCAAUAGGGUAACUCUAACACACUGGUUCUUGGCACAUCAAUAAAAGCCUAACCCCAGAUUAAACUGCACUGCCAGUAGUGAUUGACUAUUGAACACUCCGUAGUCUUGGACAAGGUUUAAUAUGUGUCUGAAAAGCUGACCUAUGUUCUCCUGGGAAGCAUUCAAGCUUAUAUCAUGACUCCCAAGGAGAUCUUGAUUAGAAAGGACAUAGAAUGUAUAUAUUUUUUCUUUUAUCACAGCAUCCUCAUGAUAUGCUUAUGGAUGUUACAUACAAUACUGGACAGUGCUGCAUUCUGCUGUAUCGUGAUUUUGACCUGAUAUUUCUUAUUGUGGCAGGGAGAUAAUGCUUUCAAGCAGGUUUUUAUUUUAAGUCACUAAAGGCAUAUUCCGGGUUCAAUACAAGUUCAGUUCCCAGCAAUUGUGGCAUAAUACUGAUUACUACAAAAAUAGUUUCAGCUUGUCCCUCCUUUUCUUUAAGAAAAGCAAAAAUCUGGGUUACAGUGAGGUACUUACAAUGGAAGUGAAUGAGCCCCCCCAUAAACAUUCAAAAAUUCACUAUUCCAAAUGUUUAGCCACAAGUCAUAAACAAUAUGUGUAUUAACAUGAUUUUAGUGUGAAAACAUCACUUACAAAAUGUUUCUAGUUAAAGUCAAUAUUACAAUCCUUGCUAUGAUGAUGUAACACCGCAAUCUCUAAAAUGAAUGUACAAAUGGUGAUUUAAAUAACUUUACAACUCAAAUAAUAUAUGACUUUUAACAGAAGCAUUAAUGUAAGUGCUUUUAAAAAAUUAUAAGUUUAACUUUUCAGUCUUUAAGCCCUCCAAAAAUGGCCUCCAUUCACUUCCAUUUUAAGUGCCUCACUGUAAUUUAGAUUUUUUUGUUGUUGUUGUUGUAAUCAACAUUAUGCCACAAAUGCAGUCAAUUCAGCUUUUGGCUAGUUCAAGUUUCACAAAACCUUUUAUUUUAGUUCUAGCACUGUGACAUUUGUGCAUAAGCCAUUCUCCUUCCUGCUCAAGAGAAGUGUUGUGGUAAAGGAAGAACUUUUCUAUUGAGCAUUGAACUUUUUUUUUUUUGUUGUUGUUGUUUUACAUUUGUUAAGGAAUUUUUUUGGUGUUGCUUUUUGCACAGGGAGUUCUGCGGAAGGACCAGAGUUCCAUAUCACUCUGUCACUCCAAUGUUUUAUGUAUAACCUUAUAACCUGUUUGCAUGUGUUCUUCACUCUGAAUUUAUCACUUUUAGUGUGUUUCAGUGAUGUGCCAUUCAUCACCACUCUUGGCACCUGAACAACCAUAACUUCCAAUUUCAAAGGAAACUGUCUGCUAGUACUUUAUGAUAAAUGUUAGAAAAGUUGAUGGAAAUUACUUUGAUUAAAAAUUCUGUUUCAAGUUGACAUGUGGUUCUUGAUUCCAAGAGAGGAAGGGGAAAUGCAGGCACAUCCAACACUUCUGCAACAGGUGCUGGAUCAGGGCAAAAAGCAUUGAAAUAAAACUGAAGUGGAUCCGCACACUGUUUAAUUAUUCCCUUUUAUUCAUUUAAAAAUCACAGCAACGUUUGAUCAGAAUUAUUGUGUCAGGCACACAUCAAUUUAAGUACUUUUGUUACAAAUAAACACAUCAUUAUGUUCACCUGUUAAUAAUCAGUGUUAAUUAUCUAACAUCACUCAAUCUCACUUAAUGAGAACAAUCAAUUCAAACGUCAGCAAAACGUACACCAGUCUCUCACAAUUACAAACAAUUCACAAACAUCAAUGAAUCACUUGAUUGUAAAUGUCACAAUUUAAGUAAAUCUUUUAAAACAGCAAAUAUCAGACAAAGGUCAAAGCCAAACAAAUACAAACACCAAUACAAAGGUAACCAGUGUCCCAAAAAGUCAAUAAAUAACAAGAACGGAUAGAAAUCAAAAUCCAAGUCAAGAUCCUUAGGAUACAAAGUGCUAAGUGUAUAAAUAUAAUAGGCCUCUCUUUUUAAUAAAAUGUUAUUAACAUCACUGCCUCUUCUAUGUGAUUUGUUCACAUGUUCAAUACCAAUGGAUCUUUGAGUUGAAAGAUUGUGUUUUUUUCAAUUUAAAAUGAACUGCCACAGGAUUCUUGUGAUCAUUUGUACGUAUGUCCACAUGUUCCACAAUCCUUGUUUUUAAGAGCAUGUUUAGUUUUUCUAAUGCAGGCUCAUCCACAAGGACAUUUAAUCAUGUAAACAAACUUCUUUGUACAAGUGCCAAGGCCAGAUCUUUGUUCAAAAUUAAAUUCAAUGUUUUCUUACACUACUAUUUUCAUUAAUUAUUUGCUUCUGGUCCAUCUUACAAUAAAGGACAGA